UAACCAGAUUGAUAUAAACUAAGUGUUCUUCAGAAGUCUAAGACAAAAUGUUGCACUCUGCUAUUAAUGCGUUUGUUCUUUUGUUUCUUAUGGAUAGGGUCAAUGUUUCUUUGACUACAGAACCAGUAUGUUCAAAAUUUGAUUAUGAAGAAAAGCUUCUAGAAAAAAUGAUUAGAACGGAGGUCAAGGUUGAAGCGAUAGAAAGUGAAAUAGUGAAAACUCAAGAUUCUGUCUUGAACACUUUAAACGAAAUAAAGAAGAAAGUUGUCGAUAUCAACGACAGAUUUGAAGACUUAAGAAAUAAUAUCACAGAAGAGAUGAUUGCAAAAACUAAGGAUUUAGAGAAGAAUGAGGAAAUCUUCAAGAAUUCAUUUGAGGAACUACGAACGAAAUUCACGAACGACAUGGAGAAUCAAAGAAACGCUCUUACUGACCUCAAAGAGGAGAUAGCACGGCCCUCGGUCGCAUUUUAUGCACACCACGUGACAGAUCUGGCCCUUGAUGUGACUGACGAGAUCAUUGUGUUUGAUACAAUCGUUACAAAUGAGGGUUCUGGAUACGAAAAAUCCACAGGGAUCUUCACUGCCCCUGUCGGGGGAUUGUACCAGUUCACAGGCUAUGUUUGUGCACAAACUGGAAAAUAUUCCUUCGUUGGCUUGUCAUUGGCUGGGAAGGUUGUUGCGGCAGCAACAAAUUACGAUAGUGGCUACUACACAUGUAGUUCUGUAGGAGCAGUAGUUAGAGUGAAAUCAGGUGAAGAGAUAUGGAUGAAAUGUACACUAGGACAUAAUUCUGCUUAUAGGUUAUUUCAAGACCAGUUUAGAAUGAACACGUUCAGUGGCAUUCUGCUGAACAAAUAGAUAAUUAAACUACUGAUAUACUUAAUAUGCACUUUAUAUUACCAGUAGCAGUGUGAAACACCCACAGAAAUAUUGUAUGAAUAUUUGAAUUUAAUUUUUGACAUAUUUCUUUACUAACUCUUUUUAUAUUCAGACAUGACAUCCUUGAUAAAGUAUCAGUAAACAAAGGAAGAUCUUUUUCUCAUGAUGAGCAGAAUUUAAUCUUUACCCUGCUUAAUUUCUAAAAUGGACUGGUCGAUCAUUCAAUUUUGGCAAUACCACUUAUUAUUCAAAGGGGUGAUCACUGAACAUUUACUAACUGAAUAGCGAACAGAGCAGACCCUGAUCAGCCUGCAAGUAUCAGCAUGUAAAGGCAUGACUAAAACAGUUUGCUCUUUGGCAAAAACAUUUGCAUAAACAAUAUCAUAUUAAUUCCCGCGAAAUUAAACAGUAAAACUUUA